UCACCAUCGGACAAACAGCAGAAGACGAUGGAGUGAAGUCACGCUUCCUUUCUUCAGAGAAAACCGGUUCUUCAGUUUGUUCUGUUUGAAGAUGAAAGCGUCGGUUCUCGCGGCUCAGAACCCGCGACACGCAGCGUGGAACCUGCGACACGCGGCGUGGAACCUGCGACACGCGGCGCGGAACCCGCGACACGCGGCGUGGAACCUGCGACACACGGCGUGGAACCUACGACACGCGGCGUGGAACCCGCGACACACAGCGCUACCUGGCCGUCUAGAUAGAAGAUAAAAUGAUAAGACAGAAGAAGAAGAGGAACGAGACAGAAAAACUAACCGAUGAGACUGAUCAGACCGUGCAGCAGCAUCACCAAGUGCUCAUCAAGCACACCUGAGUCACUCCCACCUGGACCACCUGGGACACCAGGACCACCUGGGACACCUGGGACACCUGAACCACCUGGGGCACCUGGGACACCUGGACCACCUGGACCACCUGGACCACCUGGGACACCUGAACCACCUGGGACACCUGGAACACCUGAACCACCUGGAACACGUGGAACACCCGGGACACCUGGAGCACCUGGGACACCUGGACCACCUGGGACACCUGAACCACCUGGGACACCUGGAACACCUGAACCACCUGGAACACCUGGGACACCUGGGGCACCAGGACCACCUGGGACACCUGGACCACCUGGACCACUUGGGACACCUGGAGCACCUGGGACACCUGUGACAUCUGGGACACCUGGACCACUUGGGACACCUGGAACACCUGGGUUACCUGGGACGCCUGAACCACCUGGGGUACCUGGGACACCUGGGACACCUGGGACACCUUAGGCACAUGGACCACCUGGACCACCUGGGACACCUUGGACACCUGGGACACCUUGGACACCUGGGACACCUGGGACACCUGGGACACCUUGGACACCUGGGACACCUGGGACACCUGGACCUAUGUAAUUAAGAAUACAAAAAGUUAAGAGCCAAAAAACACAUGAAUAUUUUAGACAAAGUUUAGUUUAACUUA